AUAAUGGAAUACUGAAAUUUUGCCUUUGAAAUAAUUCUGGAGAAGAGAACUAACCAACCUGUCGUAAAUUGAUAUUUAAUUAAAUUAAAUUUUUAUUUAACAUAAUUAAGCGCAAGUAAAAAUCACAAUGUUUAAGUUUGCAAAACUUUCCAACAAAAAUAUAUACAACGCAAUGUAUAACGCAAUGCGAACUUGUACUCAAGCUAUACCGGAUAAGGAUCCAAAGCAAGUUCAAGAAGCGCGUAACCUACGGGAGGAUUGUCCCAUGAACAAGGCGAAAAUGGGGUUAGCCGCAUGGAGUAUUAUGCACUCAUUCGCUGCGUAUUAUCCAGAACGACCUACUGUGUUUCAAAAGCGUAUGGCCAGGAAUUUUUACGAAGCUAUACCUCACAUGUAUCCGUGUGUAACAUGCUGUGCUGAUUACCUCAAAUACCUGGAAUCUAAUCCAGUCCAAGUGAGUUCAAGGCUUGAUUUGAACAUGUGGUUAUGCAUAUUUCAUAAUGCGGUGAAUAAAAAGUUGGGUAAACCAGAGUACGAUUGCAGUAAGGUCGCUGAGCGUUGGAAGGAUGGCUGGUUGGAUGGCAGUUGCGAUCAGGAGUAA